UAGAAUUUUAUUUCUUUCCUGUAGACCGGUUCGCAAAUGCAGAAACUCGCAUGUUAAUUAGCUUAUUGGCUGUGGCUGCUUUGAAGUUAAAUUUAAAAAUAACUGGUUACCUUAAGAUCGGAUUUCUUUUUAAAUAUUAAAGAACAGUAUAUAAGAACAAUAUAUAUUCGGUAUCAUUUCAAUUUGGAUGAACACUUGUGUGGGUGGGUCCGUUCGCCUUAGCAAAAACCAGCAGUCGGAAUCAGUUAAGAGAAACGUGAUUUGCUUGUUGUGGUGUCUAUUAUUAGUAUAAUUGUUAUUAAAAUUAGUAGUGGUAGUAUCUUUAUUCUUAGUAUGUUUAAUUUUGAAAUACUAAAACCGUUAGUAUUAGCUUAUUUGGGUGAUUAAUAUAUUGUGUUGCUGGAUCGUUGGAAAACAUCAUGGAAAAUCUGAAACUGCGCCGGGUUCGAGAGCGUCUCCUGAAUUGCCCCGUCUGCCUUGAUGAGUACGAAGAUCCUAGGCUGCUGCCUUGUUUUCAUUCUAUUUGUUAUGAGUGCCUACAACAGCUAAAAAAUGCAUCGUCCAUGCGCUUGAUACAGUGUCCACAGUGUCGUGCAACUAUUUCAACAUCUCAAGAAUUUCCUGCCAAUUUUCUUAUUAAUUCUCUCAAAGAAGAAAUCACCACAUCUUUUGAACAGAAGAUUUGUGACUCCUGUACAAAAGACAGCCGUUUGGCCAAGUACAACUGCAGCAAAUGUAACAUGGAUUUGUGUAGCUGGUGUGCAACCAAACACAACCUUACCUUACACAUGGAUUCCAUUGAGAACAUACUCGUACCUCUUCAAGUUAAUUAUCCUGAUCCUAAGGAACCACCAGAAGCAGAGUGCCAAUUGCAUAGUGGUGAAUAUCUACAGGUGUUCUGUGUCACCUGCAGUAAAGAUAUUUGCCUACAGUGUUAUUACAAAUCUCAUUAUCGACACAAAACUAAGCCACUCAAAGAGAUGCUGAGUACGUUCAAAGAACUUACCGAAAAAGAGUUUGAAUAUCUCGAAGUUAUUAAAGAGCAAAUCAAUUUACAACUUUUGAAGCUUGACCUGGUGAAAAAUCAGAUAACAACUUCUCGUGAUGAAGUUUUAAGUAAAAUCUACGACAGUCGUGACCAGUUUCUUUAUGCAGUGCAGGCUUCCGUCAACGAACAAGUGAAGAAGGUCAAUAUGUGGCAAAGUCAGCUUAUUCACGAGCUUGACCGACAUUAUUCCAAAUUGCAGAACUGUUACAAAAGUAUAGAACGCGGAAGCAAAGUGUUUGAACAAAUGAAAGACGAAGAAACUAAUUUCCCAACGAUGCAUGAAUUUUCAAAAUUUUUCAGCAGAAUUGAAGCAGAACAGGAAAAUCUUCAUCGUCGGUCGUUUAAGCUUAAGAAAAUUAAAUUUCACCAAAGAUGGCGUUUUAAAUUUCAACCAUUUUUUGGUUAUCCUUAUUAUGAAACUGAAAAAGUUGAAAUAUUCCCAAGAGUGGAAAAGAGAAAGAAAAAGGUUGGACUCGUUAAAAUAUUCUUGCGGCUCAUUAUCUUUUUUGCCGUUCUUUCAGGUGUUUAUCAGAAUUUUAAUGAAAACACAAAUUGUAAUUUUUGGUUAAUUUUUAGCUUACAGUUGUAUUUAUUGCUUAGUUUUGUAUUGUGUUGGUAAAAAGUUCCGGUCUACCCUUUAACAUUUAAACCAAUCACGUCCAGCCCAAAUAUUCUACUUGAUUUAUGAUCAAACUGGCCUGAUCUGGCCUUUCACAUUUGUCCUACAAUGUCAUUCUAAUAAUAAGCAAUCAUAUCAUUGAAAUAUUGAAACUACUGCAUAAUCCAUGGUUAAAUCAAAAUAAUGUGAAUAAAUAAGAAUUGACAGAAAUCUGAAUGCCAAAGGGUAAAACUCUCCGUUUCCAGCCCAAAUACUCUGCCAAUUUUAUGUUCAAACUGGCCAGUUCUGGCCUGUCACACCUUCCCUACAAUGUCAUUCUAAUAAUAAACAAUUACAUCAUCAAAAUGUCAUAGCUCUGAGAUAAAGCAUGAUUAAUUCAAAAUAAUAGGAUUAACUAAGCAUUACAUUUGAUGGAGUGAUUUGAAUACUGAAGGGUUAAAUUUUUCUGUAUUUGUAUUUCAAUACUUUUAUGUUUUAGAAUAACUAGGGCUGUGGCCAUGACAUAUUUUCAAGGUUUUUGAGAUAAUGCCAGCUCUGAGACCUGGUCUUAAUACUAGCAACAAAGUGGACUCCACUAAAGGUACACAAAGGCCCUGAAGUGCUGGUCAGUGGAUUAGCUCUGCCAUUUAAAAAAUAUUACACAUUUAGUGCCUUCAACCAUCAAUAGAGACAAAACUAGACUGAAUUCAUUUCAUUAAAACAAGUCAAUUGCCAUAUUUGCCUGUAUAUAAGAUGAACUUUCAUGUAAGACACAUCUCUACUUAUAUUUUGCAGGAAAAACAAAUUUAACCCUGUUGCAUUCAAACUGGCCAUAUCUGGCCAAAAUAUUCUACCUGUAUUAUGUUUAAACUGGUCCGAUGUGACCUCUUAUGGUUACCCUACAAUAUCAUUCUAGAAACAUAGAAUCAUGUCAUUAAAAUCUCAGAGCUCCAAGCAUUGUGAAUAAAUAAGCAUUACAUAUGACAAAGUAAACCGAAUGCUAGAGGGUUAAUAUAGUUCAUUAUACACUCGUAUACUCAGUAUACGAGUGUAUAAUCUAUAUAUUUGUGCCUCCUUUUCAAAAUUUAUCGAUGUGAUGAAAUCUUCCAAAACAUUUUAUAUGUAUAAUUUAUUCUGACUUUUACAAGCUGCCUUCGAUAAUUUUUCUAUGAUCUAAGAAUAUUUAAAUGUUUCAUAUAUAUAUAUAUAUAUAUAUGUAU